AUGGACUCUCGCCUUUCCUGGCUAGACUCGACUCUCCAGGGCACAAGAGAUGAAGGCAGUAACGCGCUCGCCCCGCCUCCGGUGUCUUUUGGCUUCACCUCCAACACCGACUUGCAGAAGCCUCCCCAGGAUAAUCGAGCCUACAUCUUCGCCAAUGCACUGGCAGACAACCUCGGACGCAACGAUACGAGCCAGCUGGAUGAUUCGAUUUCGUUGUCCUUGACGGCUCAGGACCUCACUUUGGAAGAAUCCAAGACGUAUAUGCGGUGGUAUUCUGAUAUACUAGCACGAACAAACCUGCGGACUAUAUCAAUGAACGACGUGUACCAGUUCUUGAGCAACUUCAAGCUCUCGCAACAGGCUCAGGAGAAAAUCAACCGAAUAUUCUCGAAGAUUCUACAUUCCAUCAACAUAGGUGAGUUCUUUGCUUUAUUAAGGGUGGUGUCGCACACGUUGAAGGGAGAAGAACCAAGUCGAAGGCUAAUCAAGAUUCUGACUUCUGUUCCCACACCACCAUCAAUCCUAUUGAAGAAGCGUCAAAAUGACGAUCAUGAUGAUGAACAACGCGAGCCGGAACCCCUUCCGGUCGAGCUGCCCUCCAAACCGCUCGACUUGGACCUGUUCACGCAGUUCAUGCUUACUGGAGAACGCCCUGACGAGAAACUCCCGAAAAAACGCCUGAAGAAGCUCAAAUCCGUGAAAUUUUCUGAUCAAAUAGUCACAGAUAUUCAUGACCCGGCGUCCGAAAAGCAGCAAAAUGCAGACCCUCCAGGACUGGGCGAUCUAGACUACCUGCUUCCAAUGAAUCAGCUCUUGAGUAGACUCAAUGCCUCCAAGGCGGGCCCUUCUGGCAACCUGAGCAGCUUGCAAGUGCCUUCAUCGGUUCCUGGGCCAAUCAGAUCUCCAGAUCCAGAGGAGAAGCAGAUUUUAAAAGAUAUGGAACCCCAGAUAAACCAUUUCCAGAACUUAAACUCUGUGGAUACAAUGCUGGUUGGAGGAGUUCCUGCAAAUAUUCACUUGGGUAAUCCAGAAUUUUACUCACCUCUGCCCAGGGAAGGCUCCCUGCUGCCUCAACCUCAACUACUCAAGCCUAAUAUGACUGGACCUGCCCAGAUGGCACAAUUGAUCGGAACUCCCUCUCAAGGUGACGCGCAGCCCGCACCACUUCGAUCAAACCUCACAGGGCCAGCAGACAUGGCUCGUUUUCUACCGCCUGAUCAGAAUGGCGAAGCUACACCUAGACUCUCUUUACAGUCUUUCACGUCUCAGAUGACUGGCGAUACACUUGCUAACACAGCUAAUAAUGCACGCAUUGCAAAUGAUAAACUGCCGCCCCCACCACCUCCUCGCGUGGCUGCAAGGCGAGCUCGGUCGGCGUCACAGCCCAAUUAUAUUCAAAACGAUCAUACCAAUUCUACGCAACAAAUGGAAUACUCCAACGGAGACUCAUUUACCUCCGAACCCUUCCAAAGAUAUAGAUCAUCUUCCCUUUCACCUGCCCUCAAUGGUCCACCAAUACCACCUCGCUCACCACUUGGCAGCUCGCGUCCAGGUCCUCCGCCACCCCCACCAUCUCGAAGACGGGGUAUGUCAAAUGCUACAAGUAAUCAGCAGGACGAAGCAAAGCCACCAUUACCACCUAAAGUUCCCCAACAAUUUUACCAGAAUUCAGAGGGAAGCUCAAGUACAGCAGAUAUAUUGGACGAUCUUAAAGCUCUACAAGAGGAGGUUGACAAGAUAAGAAAUAUGGCUGGAGGCUUUUAA